CAGUCCGGCUGCAAACGCUUCCCGGGAGGCCCCGCUGUAUGCAGGCGGGUAGCCCACAAGCACAGCCUCGCUCAUGCGCUUAACGCUCGGCGGGUCCCGACCCACUACGUCACCGCAGGACCCUACAGCUCGCGGGGCUCAGAACCAGGCCCGGCGCCAGCCCGAGCCCCCGACACGCUGGAACAAGAGAAGCACGCCCAGCCCUGACCGCUAAGGGCAGGCGCUUCAUGGGCCCAGUGCCCACGCGCAAUGGCCCGCGCCGUCCGCACAUGCUCAGUAGCAGAAAGCCCGCUCCCCCCCCCCCCCCUUGGAGGAAGGGCACCGUUGUGGCAUGACAAGGGAGCGGGCGGGGAGGCCGCCGAGUAGCGCCCCUCCCCCCACGUCGCCAUGCCGCUGGAAAGCUUAGCUCGCAUCAUCAAAGUGCAGCUGCCUGCCUACCUCAAGCGCCUGCCCUUGCCCGAGAGCAUCAGCGGCUUCAUCAGGCUGACAGUUUCAGAAUGGCUGCGGUUAUUGCCGUUCCUGGGUGUCCUGGCACUACUUGGAUACCUGGCUCUUCGUCCAUUCCUCCCCAAGAAGAAACAGCAGAAGGAUAGCUUGAUUAACCUCAAGAUCCAGAAGGAAAAUCCCAAAGUAGUAAAUGAAAUAAACAUUGAAGAUCUGUGCCUCACUAAAGCAGCUUACUGCAGGUGUUGGCGUUCUAAGACGUUCCCUGUCUGUGAUGGCUCUCAUAACAAACACAAUGAAUUGACAGGCGAUAAUGUGGGUCCACUAAUACUCAAGAAGAAAGAAGUAUAGAGAAUCUCUAAUCCAUUAAAUCACGAGUGAUGUGAAGUCAUUUAUACACUUGUAAUUGCAGGACACAAUGUUUUAUGUACGUUGUGGCAUUUUUAGUCUAAUGGUUGCUGUAGAUUUCCUUUUGGUUUAACCUAUAGUUACAGGCAAGUGCUAGACCUAGGUCUGUGAUUUGAUACUUUGUAUGUUCUGAAGAAUCAUGUCUUGUGUAAAACUGUAAAGUAAACAUCUUUGUAAAUAGGCCUUUUUAUCUGAACACAAUGACCACUUCCAAUCUUACAAUUAAAUCUUUUCAGUAUGAACGUGAUGUAAUAAAAAACAUACUACUCGUAAA